AUGUGGAAGACUGUGUCGCCUAUAAAGAAGAUAAUAGGCGCCGGAGUGUGUGGAGGAGCUGCUUUCAGUAGCACAGCUGUAUUUCUGAAAGAUCCCGAACUUAUUAAUAGUAAUGCUACCAAGUAUGUUAAAGGUGCUGAUGGAAUGCAUCUGGCUAGAAAGGUUGGUCAUUAUCUUUUGUCUAAAAGCUUGAGAAUUUGACAGAACGUCUUCUAAAGUUUGAAGAAGAUGGGACAACGUUGUUAAAAUAACAUUAGUUUUAGAUUAACUCACCAAACGACAAAUUGGGCUUGGAUCUAAGAUUGUAUCAGUACCAAACGUGUCCCUACUGUAGUAAGGUCCGUGCUGUAUUGGAUUACUACGCCUUCUCAUACGAAGUUGUUGAAGUAAACCCAGUUACUCGUUCUCAGCUCAAGUUCUUGAAGAAUUACAAAAAGGUAGGGCGUCAAAUCCAUGCGAAACUGUAUGUAAUGAUGUUAUUUUAGGUACCUGUCAUGACCAGUUCUAAAUGCGAAACUUUGGUCGAUUCUUCUCAAAUCAUUUCUGUCCUGAUCAGUUUUUUGUCGAUUCCAACUAGACAAUUGUCAGAAAUUCUACAGUUCUACCCCGAACAUGAAGGCUACAACCAGAAGCUACACAAGACCGAGAAGAUCUUCCCUAACAGACAUUAUAUUAUGAACGAGGAGAAGCGUCUCACAUCCACAGAAGUCCAAGCGGUCAGAGAGGAAAGAGAGUGGAGAGAUUGGGUAGACGACCACUUCAUUCACAUGAUCAGUCCUAAUGUCUACAGGACAUGGGAAGAGUCGUUGGAGACGUUCAGGUACUUUGACAAGGUUGGAGAUUGGGAACACAACUUCCCUUCUUGGGAACGGUACUUGGCCGUGUACAUGGGAGCAGCUGCAAUGUUCAUGAUCUCGAAGAAACUCAAGAAACGGUAAGUAAGGCUACUGUAAUUUGUUAGUGAUAUUGGUCAAAAGGUACAUUAUAUGUACAAUACUAGUUUUUUCAUGUUGUAACUUUGAUUUCAUAGUGUAUUUGUAGCAUUUAUCUAAAAAUAUUGUUUUAGGCAUAAUAUUGUGGACGAGAGACAAUCAAUUCUAGAGGCGUGUAAUCAGUUUUUGGAAGCUAAAGGCAAAGAUCGAGUGUUUCUGGGAGGAAACGAACCUAACCUGGCUGAUUUGGUAAGUUUUUCUUUUUAUUCUUGCGACAUAGUGACUUAUUUUACAUUAUUUUCGUUUGUAUAUUUUGGCCUUUUUAGUCGUUGUACGGUGCGAUUACAUCUUUCGCUGGAACCAGAACCUUUGCGGAGCUCCGUAAACAAUGUGAUAUUGGAGAGUGGUUCGAUAAUGUACAGAAGGCAGUUCAAGAACAUCGUGGAGCGGCUCUGAUUAAAGCCAAAUCUAACGCUUUCACUCAGUGA